GUUUGAUGUAAUUAAAUUGUUUCUCUUGAGAAGUUGAAAGGAAAGAUUUUUUUUCUUUUUAAUUUACUUUGGCUUGAUUAGUGAGAAUGGGAAGAGGAAAAGAAAACGAAGGACAAACAAAAGGGGUGUCAUCUGUUGUACUUUGCGAGGACAUAGUUAAUCUUCUAGAUUUCAUAGAGAGGUUAAAUAAUGGGCGUAUUCAAACUUCUCUUAACACACAUAAAAUUGAAAAUUUGACAUUGGAGCUGACAUUUGUGUCCGCAUUUUGUCAUCUUUACUACUCAUUGUUUUUGGCAAGUAGUAAUGACGAAAUGUCCUGCAUAUCAAAUGAGAUUCAUGAUUUGGUUCAGUCACUGUUUCAUCCAAGUGGAGAAGACAUGCUGGUGAAUAUAAUGUAUCAUGAUGUUCCUCGCCUCUUGGAGAAUAUCAUAAGUUAUAUUAGCUCACAUAGCUAUGCUGAACCAACCAUGACCGAGGAUCGUUUGGUUGAACUUUUAGAUGCCAUCCUCAUAUAUCUCCAAUGUCUAAGGUGUUGUUCUGACUUGAUUUUCCCAUCAAUGACUCAUUAUGAGCUUCUUCAGAAUGUGUUUGGCAAUUUAAGAGAUUUUCAUAGGUUGAAAGUAAAUGGUUGCUUUAAGUAUGACACAAUUGAAUAUGUCUUACCUCAUCUUCAACUUAUGGCUCUGAGAAUAGUAAACUUCUGUUUUACUUUUUUGGGUGAUUGUACACUUCACGAUUUCGAUAAAUCAGAAGUCACUCGACUUAACUCCAAGCUAGCAGCUAAUCUACUUGUGGAUGUUAUUCCUGUUGAACUAGAGGUUAUGCACAUAUGUUUUACAAAUUUGAAAGGUUCAAACUCGGAAGAAGUUGUACGUUCCAUCAAGCAGCUCCUAGAAGCCUCUCCGGACAUUCUUAGAGAAUCUUUGAUUUAUCUACAAGAGCACAUGAUUAUUAAUGCUGUUACUCCUAGCGCUUCUACGUGUAACAUUCAUGUCAUGAUAGAGUUCCUAUUGAUUAUUCUUACUGAUGAGCUCAAAGACGUUAUUCGUCAUGACAAACUAUUUGUUCUGUUGGCACGUCUUAGAGAACUUACCAAGGAGUUAUUCAUUCUAUUUCGCAACUUAGAAGAGAAUAUGAAUGAAGCAAGUGGUUCAAAUCUAAACAUGCUGGAAAAUAUUGAACUCCUGAAGGAAAAUCUCAAGAAUGUUUUCUUGAAAGCCCGUGCAGACUCGCCUCAGCUCCGCUUCCCCAUGAGUGAUGGACCGCUCUUCAUGACUCUUCUACUCACAAACUUAGGAGACUUGGUCAAAUCCAAUGCUUCUUCAGUUUCCUUGAUUAAAGAAGAAAUUAAGCAGGUGAAAGAAGACCUGGAAAUCAUAAGAUCGUUGUUUGGGUAUGUUGAGCAAGAGUUGCAUAGAGAUCUUUGGACUUGUGUUCUAGACACAGCUUAUGAGGCGGAACAUGCCUUUAACUCAAUUCUUGCCCGAGAUCAUGGUCUAUUGCAGCUUAUCUUAAUACUUCCUGAUACCAUAGAAAAGAUCAAACUUGUCAAAAAAGAGGUGCAAGAGAAGAUCCCCAAGAGAAUUGUUGCAAAUGCUCCCAACAAGCCGGUUGAAAGAAACUCAUCGAGUACAGUUGGUAAAAUAAUUGUAGGUUUUGAGGAGGAGACAGAGUGGAUAAUUAGGAAGCUCACCAGCGGACCAGCUGAGAUAGAUGUCAUUUCCAUAGUUGGCAUGCCAGGGAUUGGAAAAACUACUUUGGCUUACAGAGUGUAUAAUCAUAAGGCCAUUGUUGAUCAUUUCGACGUUUGUGCUUGGUGCACAGUCGACCAGGAACGUAAUGAGAAAAAGUUGUUGCAGAAAAUUUUCAAUCAAGUUAUUGGUUUGAAAGAAAGAUUCAGUGAGAAGGACAUAGAUGAUGGCGUUGCUGAUAAGCUGUGGAAACAGCUCUGUGGAAAGCGGUACCUUAUUGUCAUGGAUGACAUGUGGGAUACUGAGACAUUGGAUGAGCUAAUGAGACCUUUACCUGAAUUUCAUAAAGGAAGCAGAGUGAUUUUAACAAGUCGGAAAAAGGAAGUUGCUUUGCAUGGAAAAUGCCACAGUGAUCCUCUUUAUCUUCGAUUGCUAAGAUCAGAAGAAAGUCGGGAGUUAUUAAAGAAAAGGGUAUUCGGGGAAGAAGGCUGCCCUGAUGAACUAAUGGAUGUUGGGAAAAGGAUAGCUAAAAAGUGUGGUGGUCUUCCUUUAGUACUUGACCUAAUCGGUGGAGUCCUUUCUAGGAAGGAAAAGAAAGAGACUUUGUGGCUUGAAGUUCUCCAUAGUUUGAGUUCCUCUAUUUUUAAGGAUGAAGAGGAAGUGGUGAAGGCUAUACAAUUAAGUUAUUACCAUUUGUCAGAUGACGUAAAGCCGUGUUUGGUUUGCCUUGCAACUUAUCCAAAGGACGAAGAUAUAAGGAUGUCUGAGUUGGAAGAUUUGUUGAUUUUUCAAGGACUUGAGAUGAAAAGUGCAGAAGAAGUAGUGGAUGAGUUAAUUUCGUGUAGUUUGGUAAUACCUUUCGAUGAUUCUAUUAUCAAAAUUCAUGAUCUUGUGCAUGACUUUUGUGAUAUAAAAUGUAGAAAGGAAAAGUUGUUUCACUUCAUAGGACGUUCAAAAGCUCCGUCUUCUUCGGAUCUUAUGCCACGUGGAAUUAUCUUUUAUUAUACAGAUGUAUAUUCUUUGGAUGAGUAUCGCCCGGUGUUUGAUCCAGAACAGAAGAUUCCGUCUGUUAAACACCUCCUCUCUCUGAAGGACUUUGGCGUGACCAGUCUUUGUUUUUCCUACGAGAAUCACCUAAAACACUUGAGGCUUCUCAAAAGUUUGGAUUUGGGCAGCGUAACAUUGCCAGAUUCUUUGCUGAAUGAAAUCGGUAUGCUCGUUCAUUUGAAGUACUUAAAAAUUGAGAUGAAGACAAACGUUCUCCCUCCGUCAUUUUCAAACCUCUGCAAUCUAGAAACUCUGGUGGUGUAUAACGACAUUUGCAUAAUACUAUCGCCUUGUUUUUGGAGUCUCGCAAAGCUACGAGUUGUGCAGAUGACUUGGGGUGCCGUGUUUGAUCCGGUCAUCACUGUGUUAGAUGAGGAUUUAAGGUUAGAAAAUUUGACAACAUUACAUAAUCUCUACCUUCUUGGUUCAGAAGACACGGAGGAUAUUUUCAAAAGGUUUCCUAAUCUUAAAAACCUUCAAGUCCUUAUCAAAAAACAAAUACCAGAGAAGAUAUGUUUUCCAAGAUUGGAUGUCCUCAAUUUAUCUGCUUUUCCUCAGAAUUCAUUACCUGAAUAUACACAUGACUUCCCUUUGAGCUUGAAGAAGCUGAAGUUGGAAUGGUUCACUGUGACAUCCGAUAUACUUUCAAGUAUUGCUAGACUACCCAACCUUGAAGAACUAACUCUACAAUACACAAUCAUCGAGGAGGACAAAGAAUGGAACAUGGAAGAUCAUGUCGUUUUCCAGAAUCUCAAAUCUCUAAAAUUGUCUCGUCUGAUAUUUUCUAAAUGGAACAUGGAUGAUCAUGUCAUUUUCCAAGAUCUCAAAUCUCUAGAAUUGGUAGAUUUGUCAUUUUCAGAAUGGAAGGUUGAUGCAGAGAAAUCCUUUCCCGUGCUCGAGAAACUAUUAAUAUGUACAUGUGAUAAGCUUAUCGAGAUCCCAGACAGUUUUGGAGAUAUUGCGUCAUUAAAGUUUAUCAAUGUACGGUUAAGCCCUCAGCUUAAAGAGUCGUUGUUCAAAAUUAAGGAAUAUGUUGAAGAAAUGACCGGAGAAGACAAGCUUCACGUAGAAUUCAACGAUCCGGGGCCUUAAUAAUGUGAGUAUGAAUACGAAUUUUAGAAAUGUUAUGUUAUGUUUUUCCAAUAUUACACAAUAUAUAUGAUCAGAUGAUAUAUGUACGUAUGCAUUCCUUCUUCCAAACAUAUUCCUUAAUUAAGUUAUUGUAUGUGUGCUUAUUUUUUGUUAUAACGGAAGAGAUAUUGUGUGUGUUCUUUAUUAUAACGGAUGAGAUAUUGUAUGCUUGUCCAUCUGAUGUAUUAUUAGAUUGCUACUUUCAGUUACAAUAAAACAUGAAACAAGUCUGACUUUGAAAUUGCCUGAUCGUCUCUCCUGUGUCAAUUGAACACUCUAACUUACAAAUUUUGAUCAUCUAGACACCUUCCAUACGUACUAUAUGUGUCAUGUUUGUGUCAGGUGUUCACGAGACAUAGUGAUCAUGACGAGAUGUAAAAGUAAGUAGAAUAGGGUGUUUUAACUUGUAAAUGAAUGAAAAGAGAACAUAUAACUACACAUGAAUUUCAAUUAGUAUCACAAAGUUAUAAUGACAAACUUAUAAUUAAUUAAUGAUUUAAGACUAUUAUUCGUCGCCCCUACACAUGACUAAUAAUAUUUUUUCAAAGAAGUGUAAGUUCUAGAUAGGGUAACUGAAGAACCAAAAAUCAAAAUCAUAACAAUAAACAUAAUUUCCAAAUAGGACGGCUUCUUGAUCUUGAGAAUUGGACAAUAUAAAAAAACAAUUCACAAGACUACGUACUUUAGUGAUAUAAAAUGGAAGGUUGAUGCAGAGAAAUCCUUUCCCGUGCUCGAGAAACUAUUUAUAGAUUCAUGUCAUAAGCUUAUGGAAAUCCCAGACAGUUUUGGAGAUAUUGCGUCAUUAAAGUUUAUCACUGUACAGUUCAGCCCUCAGCUUAAAGAGUCGUUGUUCAAAAUUAAGGAAUAUGUUGAAGAAAUAAACGGAGUAGACAAGCUUCACGUACAAUUCUACGAUUGGGGGUCUUAAUAAUGUGAGUAUGAAUACGAAUUUUAGAAAUGUCAUGUUAUGUUUUUUCCAAUAUUACACAAUAUAUAUUCUUUUGCAGAGAUCAGAUGAUAUAUGUAUGUAAUUAUGUAUGUAUGUAUGCCUUCUUCCAAACAUAUUCCUUAAUUAAGUUAUUGUAUGUGUGCUUAUUUCACGUGUUCACGAGACAUAGUGAUCAUGACGAGAUGUAAAAGGAAGUAGAAUAGGGUGUUUUAACUUGUAAAUGAAUGAAAAGGGAUCAUAUAACUAGACAUGAAUUUCAAUUAGUAUCACAAAGUUACAAUGACAAACUUAUAAUUAAUUAAUGAUUCAGGACUAUUAUUCGUCACCCCUACACAUUACAUAUCCAAAGA